AGUUACGUCUGCAUUGCUGCUUCGUAGUCACCGAUUCCAUUACAGGAGACGAGCCUCACUUGAGAGGCCUAGGGUUGCAAGCCGCAGCUGGAGAAGUCUGGAGAAGUGAUGCGCCCUUCCUGUUCAGCUGACAGCGUCGCCGCGGUGAAUGCGGGCGGCGACAACUAGCAGUUGUAUAACGACAAGUUUUGAAGUUCCCUGAGAAGGAGAAUUUGAACAUUGACGCAAUCAUGGCGCUUGCGAGUUGUAGCCUGCAUUUGGCCCCUGUUUCAUUCCAAGGAAGUCCUUACCUGUCCAACCAGCACCUCAAAUUAGGACAAUAUUGCAAUGUGCAAUCUUAUGGGCACAGUGCAGUCACUCGGAUCAACAGAAGCAGUACGCUCGCCCAAAGUGCCAGCCAAAUAUCUCCCACCAGCAGGACAGGCCCCAUGAGAACAAUAGCUGGUCAUAGGAAGAGGUCUAACUCUUACUCUUCAACUGCACCACCUUGGAAGCCACGCUUGUUCAACUGUAGUGGAUCACAAACUCAUCUAAGAAGCAGAGAAGAAAAUAUGCUACAGAGUUCCUUGACACCAGGCAGAGGCUACCCCAGCUAUGUUGCCUUGAGCAGUGGCCUUGCCAGUCAUGCAGGCUGGAAAAGCUUUGGAGUGUACAGCGCACCAGGCCGCCGUGUGUCCCAGCGACCCUCUAGAAAGUGCCGGCAGAAGAACGUGAUUGUAAUGGAUCUUUUCGAUGACAUAGCGGACUUCUUGGCUGACGGUGUCCGUCGGACGGCCGUCAUUAUUGGAGCUGCAGUCCUUGUGCUUGCUCUGGGCUCAUUCUCUUUCGUCCCUUCUGGAUCCGUUGGCAUUCGAACAACUUUCGGACAGGUCGAGCGCCAGGCGCUUCUGCCGGGCCUGCAUUUCAACUACCCGCUCGUGAGCGACAUCCGGACCCAAACAACCAAGACGCAGCUCAUCGUGGCUGACGAGAGUGACGUCCCCACCAAAGAAGGCCUGGUGGUCGAGCUGGACGUGUCCAUCCUGCACUCGCUGCAACCGGGCAGCGCCGCCGAUCUGUACAUCACGGUUGGCCCCGACUACGUGAACAAGAUCAUCCUGCCCGAAUUGCAUUCCGCGGUGGCCAACAUUACGUCCGAGUACAGCGCGCGCGCCUUGUACACGGACGCGCGUGCGCAGCUGACGCGCGAGCUGACGUCAUACCUUCAGCAGAAGCUGACGCACAAGGGAAUAGUCAUCGAGGAUGUGCUCCUGCGGGCCAUCAAGCUGCCGGAACAGCUCACGAACGCAAUCCAGGACAAGCUGCGGACCGAGCAGGAAGCCCAACGGAUGGAGUUUGUCCUCCUGAAGGAGCAACAGGAAGCGCAACGGAAGAGGAUCGAAGCGGAGGGCAUAGCUACGUUCCAAAAGAUUGUUUCUGAGGGCAUCAGCCCCCAAUUGCUGCAAUGGAAAGGAAUUGAGGCCACCCAGGAGUUAGCAAAGUCGCCAAACUCCAAGAUCGUUGUGAUAGGGAAUGCCAAAGACGGCUUGCCAAUCAUUCUCGGGGGUGAAGCUGAGAUAGUCAAAGCAAAAAGCAGGAAAUGCCGGACGCCUGUGAUACUUGCCGGGAGAGGCCCUGCACGGGGCACGGCGUGGACGUUCAUAGGCAUUUUCACUGGAGUCUUUGUGGCUGCUUUGCUUGCUCUAACUUCGUUCGUCAUCGUUCCAUCAGGAUCCGUUGGCGUUCGGACGACGUUCAGUCAAGUCGAACGCCAGGUGCUUCAGCCUGGCGUAUAUUUCAUCAAUCCGCUCGUCAGUUCAAUUCAGAAUUUUACAACCAAGACCCAGCUCAUUGUGGCUGACGAGAGUGACGUCCCCACCAAAGAGGGCCUUGUGGUCGAGCUAGACGUCUCCAUACUGCACUCUCUAGAGCCAGCCAAAGCAGCGGACCUGUACGUAACGGUGGGCCCCGACUACGUGAACAAGAUCAUCCUGCCGGAACUGCACUCUGCGGUAGCCAACAUCACGUCCGAGUACAGCGCGCGCGCGCUGUACACGGACGCGCGCGCGCAGCUGACGCGCGAGCUGACGUCGUACCUUCAGCACAAGCUGAGCCACAAGGGGAUCGUCAUCGAGGACGUCCUCCUGCGGGCCAUCAAACUGCCGGAACAGCUCACGAACGCGAUCCAGGACAAGCUUCGGACGGAACAGGAAGCCCAAAGGAUGGAGUUCGUUCUGCUGAAGGAACAACAGGAAGCGGAACGGAAGAUGAUCGAAGCGAAAGGUAUUGCCACCUUUCAAAAGAUUGUGUCCCAGGGCAUCAGUCCCCAGUUGCUGCAGUGGAAAGGGAUUGAAGCCACGCAGGAGUUAGCCAAGUCGCAGAACUCGAAGAUUGUUCUCAUUGGGAACGCGGCCAAUGGCUUACCCAUCAUUUUGGGAGGGGCAGAUAACAAGAAACGCUAGCGUGGUAUAGGUUCAAGCUAACAAUCUGAAAACUGUAUAUAAGGCGUACGGUUAUCUGUGGAAUCGAUUUGGUCCGAGUCAUCAUGGGCGGUGACUCGGUCACAACUCUUCCCUUGAUGAUAGCUUCCGAUAUUUAACCUCAGCCCAAGCAGACCUCCAAAGUUGAAUACCUGGAGAAUGUUUUCCGGACUUUGUUAUGAUCAGCUUUUUGGGAAAGUCGUACUUCGAGGUUUUCUGACCUUCCAAGAAAAUUAUGCGUUGAUGGGAUUGAAUGCAAAUAAUCCUCAUGGAUACGGCCGCCGG